GUGUGGUAAACAUUUGUUUAGAAGAGUGAACGUUGGAGUAAUGUAUAAGAAUUAAAGAAUACAAGAGUGUCUCAUUUUGUGUUCUAAGUAAAUGCAAAAGUUGUAUAAAAUUAACAAUGAUUAUAGAAGAUCAAGAGUCGUUUAAAAGCUGGCUUUCGGCCGUACUGGAACCUUUGUGUGACGCUGAUCCUGUUGCCUUAGCGAAGUAUGUUUUUGCAUUGGUGAAAAAGGACAAACCACCAGGAGAACUUCGUGCUAUCAUGAUUGAACAGCUCGAUGUUUUUCUACAGCAAGAGACAAAAAAUUUUGUCGACUUGCUAUUCAAGACAUUGGAAACACAGGCGUACAGCUUGCAAGGCCGCUCUGCUGUCGUCAGUCCAGCUGUACCUCAAGAAACACCUGCUACAGUACAAACGCAUCAGCCAAUGCAGCUGUGUGUAGUGCAGGAGUCUCAGCCAAUUACCAAUCAUCAGGUAACGGCAGCUCAGACUAAUGGUAUUGUGGCAGUUUCCCUCCAGCGCCGUGAGGCUGACAGCUCGUCGAGACCAGUCCACCGAAAAUCUGACUCUGAUAAAGAAGAAAAAUCGCGUAGAAGGCACAGGAGUUCCACUUCACCACCACCUUCUCGAGGGAGGUCCAGAUCCCGCUCGUGGGAGCGUUCUCGAAGAUCACGAAGCAGAGGCAGAGAACGUGACAGGAGUCGUGCUUGGCGAAACAAAUCCCCUCCACCUGGAGGGAGUGGCAGCAGCCGUGGGCGCCGCCGCACUUGGUCACGCUCUCCACCGCCGCCGUCUGGUGGCAUCCGUUCACGUGGGGCUUCACGUUCACGCAGUCGCAGUCCCCGCUACAAUCAUCGCAGUUCACGCUACCGCAAUAGGUCACCACCACCGAGGUCGUCAGUUUCCCGGUCACGGUCCCAUUCUCUAGACCGUUCGGCCAGAGACAAGAAGGAGCCGCUGUCUGGUGCAGCGACUCCGACACAGGACAGCAACCACGGCGAUGUUGAUAUGAGGCUGACGACAACGUCACAGAGCAUUCAGAGUGUUGUCAGCGCUUGCAGCAAACCUGCCGUGUCUGCUACAGCUGCUGGAGUCGCAAUACCUGACAACUCUGCAUCUACUCCCACAUUUCUACCGAAAAGGCGGUGUCGAGAUUUUGACGAAAAAGGGUACUGUAUGCGUGGGGAUCUGUGCCCUUAUGACCACGGUAAUGAUCCAGUGGUUCUGGAAGAUGUGGCAUUGUCGAGAGUCCUGGCGUUUGGGCCCGGAGCUGGGACACACACACUCCCACCCACGGGCACCACGCCUGCUGCGCCGGAGCAUGUCGCACCUGCACCCGUCACCACACUGGAGACGCAUCCUCCGCCAUCUCACAACCUACGGCCUCCCACCGCAGUGCGACCUACGCACAUGGAGUACAACCCAGACGCUCCUAGUAUGGAACCCAGAAUAAUGUGGGGCAGGCAACAGUUUCGCAGUGCACCCCUAGGUAUGCGUGGCGGUACAGUUCGUGGAGCUGUAAACCGUUCCGUGGCAUACAACCCACAACCUCAGCGGGAGCUGAUCAGUGUGCCGGUGACAGAUGAGGUGGGACAGCAGGAACAGCCACAGACGCAGCAGCAACAACAACAACACCAGCAGCAGCAGCAGCAGCAGCAUCCGGAGCAGCAGCAAGCUUACCAGGCUGCACACUAUGGCAAGAGGAAUGUCACUCCAGUGGAUCAGGCGAGAGAAGUAGCAGCAAAGAAAAAACCAGGAUUUGAUUUCAACCGCCUGGGACCUCGACACAAAAAUCCGAACAAUUGUUCACUUGAGCUGAAGAAGGUGCCAAGACCUCUAAACAAUAUAACACAUCUCAACAAUCACUUUUCAAAGUUUGGCAAGAUUGUCAACAUUCAGGUAUCAUACGAGGGAGAUCCGGAAGCUGCGAUAGUGACUUUCUCGAGUCAUGCGGAAGCGUAUGCUGCGUAUAGAAGCACUGAAGCCGUGCUCAACAAUCGCUUCAUCAAAGUUUUCUGGCACAACAGUGGAACAAAUAAUGAGGCCAAACAGGAAAAUGUGACACCACCACGACCAUCGGUGAAAGAUCGGCUGGGAGUGGCCGUUGUCCCCUCAGUAGCCCCGUCACCCACCGCCGUCAAGGUGCUCGACACUUUACAGCUCGAGCAGGAACCUGUAGAGAAGGUGAUAAUGUCAGGAAACAACUUGACAAAAACAGUAUACAUACCUACGGCCUUGAAGAAAGCCAAUGUGGGCACGACUGCACCAACUGUCGUUCAGGAGAACAGAGUUUCUGUGAGUCGGCAGAAGGCUGCCGCUGCAAUCAAGAAGACACAGGACAUGUUGGCAGUCAAGGAGAUUCUGAAGAAGAAACAUGAAGAGAAAAGAAAGGAAGCAAUGAAAUUAACUGCUGAUCUCCGGAAACGAAAGCAAGAGCUGCUGGAAAAACAGCUUGCAGAACAGAAAUCACUUAUAGAACGGCUGGAGAAAGGUGUUGCUCCAGAGCAGCGUGAAGCCCUCAUGGCAACUAUAAAAAAACUGCAGGAGACAAUUGAGCAAAUCCGAAAAGACCUGAGUUCCUCUGUAGUUCCUACUGUCAAAAGCACUUCCUCUCUCAGUGCUGGAGGAUUAACUAAAAAGACUGUUCAAGAGGCACAACGUGAAAUUCUGGACGCGGAGCUCGACUUGUUCACCCGACAACAGGAAGGAGGAGACACGUCUGAACUCCAGAGGCGUGUGGCAGAGUUGAAGAUGGCAGCCCACUCCCUAGGUCUCCUGCGGCCGGCUCCAAGGGUGGCUCGAGGUGCAGCUACACUUUCCCACCGAUCAGCAGUUGGCAGGGGGAGGGGCAGAGGCUACGCACAUGUUUCUGUCGACCAUCGACCUACUAAGGUCCUCGUAUCAGGAUAUGAAGAGGAUGAGAAAGAUGAUGUUGUCAGUCACUUUGCACAAUUUGGAGAGGUUGUAGACUACGUAGUUGAUGAGUCGACACCAUCUUUGAUCUUGAACUACAAGUCGAGGAAGGAAGCGGAGCUGGCAAUUCUGAAGGGCCGAACAUUUCAGGACCGACUGCUGUCAGUGACGUGGUGUGGAGGAGGACAGCCAGCUACAACCCGUCUCAGAUCGGGAUCGGUGAGUGGGAGCCUCAUGUCGACAGUCCACCUGCACCCUGGGGGUGGCGCCCACCGCCAGGUCGUGCUGGUGGGAGGAGCGGGCAGCGACGGUGGGCUUGAUGAGCCUCUUGCUGAUGACGAGGAGGAGAUUGGUGGUGCCGAACUGAGUGAAGAUGUUCUCCUCCAGGAUGACGAGGAAGAGGAGGAAGAUGGAGAAGAUCGAAGCUGGCGGCGAUAGCACUGUACUGCACUUCUGUGAUACACAAUGAAAAGAAAUUGGUUUCAGUGCUUUUGUUCUGCCUUGGUGAUAUAUUUGUUCACUGCUUAGAGAGGUGUAACAUUAGCUUUCAUUGUAUAAAUUUCUUUAUAUUUGGUACAAAGCAGUUCGCGUUUAGUCACUUGUAUUAUCUUUUCCCACCCAUUCCUGUAUGUGAAAUGUAGUAUUGUGUAUAUAACUUCAAGUCUCUGUGUGGGUUUCUCCUCCUUGUCUUUCAGGUAUGAGCUUCAUUAUGUUCUGUCAUUGAUUUGUGUUAGGUAGACAAGCCAAAUUUGGGGUCACUACGUACAUGACUAGUAAUUUAUGAAAUACAGCUGAAUCCCACUAGAAGCAGAGGCUGCCAGCAAGGUCACUGCGCAGAUCCUGGCACACUACUGAGGCAUACACAUACCAGUGUUUAAUGUGACUGAUCUAAAAAAUUAAAAUGACUUUCUGUUGUAUACUGUCAGUUAUCUGCAAUUAUAAAAAUGAUGUUGUAGACAUGUCCUGAAUUUAUCACCCUGCGUUCAGUACGAACUGUACCAACUGUUGUAAUUAUACAGUUUGAAAAGUAAAUUGCAAAGAUAAAUUUUC